AUGGAAGUUGAUGUCACCGAUUACAAAUCCUGCCUAGAAGGUAACAUCAUUGGCAUGAAUGCAGUAACAUAUGUCACAGGCUAUCUGCUGAAGAAGUACUUUCUGAAGCAUUUCUGUGAUAUAUGUCAGAAUGCACUGACCAAGCAAGAUCUAAACAGCAGCACACAAUUGCUAUGCUUAUUCAAGGCAUACGAAGAAACGAAAGAAAAACCUUUUGGUGGACUUAUUUCACCAUCAGAUACAUUUUUAGACCAUGUUCUGGGCUUGGAAGCAAAAUUUGUUAUAGAAUUUGAAAACAAUGUAA